GCAGUGGCGCUUUCGGCUGCUCGCUCUGGAGAUCGGAAGACAACGGAGAGGGCAGUGACACUAGCCCACUACGGCAGCCCUGACGCCCUGCCCUGUCUUUGCUAAUUAAAGCGCUUCAGGUGACAUAGCCAAACGCGAGGUAUCAUUUUCCUGAAGCCGUCCCAUCAUUGAUCCACAGACCAUUGCAUCCUCACUGGGUCCUUUGCAGCCGAGUUAUGUCAACAGCUGCCUUAAUCACUUUGGUUCGCAGUGGCGGGAACCAAGUGAGAAGGAGAGCACUGCUGACCUCCCGCCUGCUUCAGGACGAGCGCCGCCUAACGGCCACCUGUCACAGCUCCACUUCACAGCCCCGGUGUUCUCGGUUCGACCCAGAUGGCAGUGGGCGGCCGGCCACCUGGGACAGUUUUGGGAUCUGGGACAACCGCAUCGACGAACCAAUUCUCCUGCCCCCCAGCAUUAAGUAUGGCAAGCCGAUUCCCAAAAUCAGCUUGGACAAUGUGGGUUGUGCCUCACAUAUUGGCAAACGGAAAGAGAAUGAAGAUCGAUUGGACUUUGCCCAGCUGACGGAGGAGGUCCUCUACUUUGCGGUGUAUGAUGGACAUGGCGGACCUGCAGCUGCUGAUUUCUGCCACACCCACAUGGAGAAAUGUAUUCUGGAUUUGCUUCCUAAGGAGAAGAACUUGGAAACUGUGUUGACCUUGGCUUUUCUAGAAAUAGAUAAAGCCUUUGCCAGUCAUGCCCACCUGUCUGCUGAUGCAAGCCUUCUGACCUCUGGGACUACUGCCACAGUAGCCCUAUUGCGAGAUGGUAUCGAACUGGUUGUAGCCAGUGUUGGGGACAGCCGGGCUAUUUUGUGUAGAAAAGGAAAACCCAUGAAGCUGACCAUUGAUCAUACUCCAGAAAGAAAAGAUGAAAAAGAAAGGAUCAAGAAAUGUGGUGGUUUUGUAGCUUGGAAUAGCUUGGGACAACCUCAUGUAAAUGGCAGACUGGCCAUGACCCGAAGCAUUGGAGACUUAGAUCUCAAAGCCAGUGGUGUAACAGCGGAACCAGAAACAAAGAGGAUCAAGCUCCACCAUGCUGAUGACAGCUUUCUUGUCCUCACCACGGAUGGCAUCAACUUUAUGGUGAACAGCCAAGAGAUCUGUGACUUUGUCAAUCAGUGCCAUGAUCCCAACGAAGCUGCCCAUGCAGUGAUUGAACAGGCAAUCCAGUAUGGCACCGAGGAUAACAGUACUGCUGUCGUAGUGCCUUUCGGGGCCUGGGGGAAGUACAAGAACUCAGAAGUCAACUUCUCCUUCAGCAGAAGCUUUGCCUCCAGUGGCCGCUGGGCCUGAAUGCUGGCCAGGACCCCGAGUUUCUGAGCCACACUUUUCACUGAGCAUGUCAACAGCCCGAUCAAGUCACAAAUGUCAUCUGUACUAGUGACCCGACCCACUAGAUGAGUACACAGCAUAAAUGUAAUGACUAUUUGCAUGGUGAUCUUUUUCAUGAAUAAUCAUAUUUAUGUUCAGCUGUACAUACCUAGUCUACAUAUAUGUAUAAUUAAGCUGGCAAAGUUUCUAAGCAAGCAAAUGAAAAGUGGUCUCAAUACUCAUGGUGAGUGUUGGGUUCCUAAUUAUUAAGACUCUUAGGCAGCUAUUGGUUUCUUUUCAAUAUUUUUGCUCUUUAGUUAUUUGAACAGGUUCUUCAAAUUCUUCAGCACUAAUCAGUUUGAAUUUUGAUACUAUUCAAUAUAUUAUCUGUAGGCGUUUACUUUUCAUAACUUUGCCAAUGGGUAAAUGUGAAAACUGAGUUCUCUACUACCAUAUUUUGUAUUCUAGACCACUUUCAGUAAAUCUAAUUGUGCAGGAGAAAUGAAUUCAGACAAUAUGAUAUUGCUAAAUUAUAUGCAUAUUUAUAAACAGCAUACUUGUAUAUUUCAGCUGUGCCACCUGUGUCUUCCCUCUCAUUCAGCCCUGUUUUCUGUACUUGUAGAUGUUACAUAGAUGGGACUCUACCUUUCUAUCAGAAAAGAAGGCACCAGCUAAGGGUCUUAUGGCCCAAACAAUACAGAAUUAAAUACUAAGGUAUCAGGUAUUUUGUACAGCUUCCAAUUGUCUCUACAUUUUGUGUUUUAUAUAUAUAGUAUGUAUGUAUCACCCUUUUAUAGAGUAAGUAAGUUGGCUAAUUUGUUAGUAAAAAUAAUACCACAUUGAUUUGCAGUACUAUAGACAGAGCUUGAGGUUUAGGUCUCAUCUUUGUUCAUUUCUAAGACUUGCAAGGAAUGAUACAUCUAAAACAAACAUGAAAACAUUCUGUAUUUCAGCUUGUGAAUAGUUUAGAUGUGUGAAAUUGUAAUUUCUACUUGCAUAUAGAUUUGCUAUUAAAAUGUGAAUCUGUACAUGUAUGAUUGGAAUGGUUAUCUAUGGCUUAUUUCUAUAGACUGUAAAUUUGUCCCAUAUGUGGAUGUGUGUACAUAUGUAUAUUUUGGAGUAAUAUAAAAUUAAAGGGAACAAUCUUGUGUAGCUCCUUCACCAUUUAACCAGCUUUAAAUUAUUGUGUAUUUAACCCUAUAGACUCUUGAUAAACUGAAGUGGUUCUUGUAUAGUGGAGAGCCAAUGGUUAGCAGCCAAUGAGGAAGUAGAUGUAAAAUGAUUGUAGAAGGUAUUUCAUGGCAGGUAAUUUAUCUGGAAAAUGUAGGAAUAGGGCCAGGAUGUUGAUGUGGUUAUUUGCAUGCAAAAUAAUGCAUGAAGAAAAUACUGAGUCCUCAUGGAAUUUUGUGGUAGAACAAAAGGAAAAGAAAACUAAAGGACAACAUUAACAGAUAGAGGGUAUACUUUCAGCUCUUCCAGGGCUGACUUUUCCUUUCCUUAAGCUUUAUUCAAAGGUUUAUUGGAAGAAAGAGAACCCAAUAUAAAUGCUCACAUCUUCUUGCCUUUGUGAGAACAGGAGAAAAUAAAUCUUCAGCUUUCCUGCCAUGUUAGAAGGGAAAUGUUUGAAAAAUACUAAAUAAAUCUUCCAAAUUUUUUUUCAAGAAAGUGAAAGGAGAAAAAACAAUAGGGGCAUGAAGAUGUUCAUGGUCUGCAAGAAGAAUUCAGGUACAGCUGGGAGUCCUUCUUGCUUUUUGCAAGGCAGGUCUUAGGACUUUGGAGGGUUUCCAAUUUAACAGGCAAUGGAAAAUGCUAUUGCCCAAACAGGACAUUCUAAAGGCACAGGUUUUGUUUUUGCUUGGAUUCUUUACAUUACACCUCCCCACCAUACACACAUUAAAAACUAGUCACAAGUGUCAUCACAUUCAAAGGCCUGAGGGCCAUGGGUGACUGAGACAAUGGCCAGCUUUGACAGAAGGGAGUUUGAAGGUUGAUGGCCUGCGGUGGAUCUGACUGCACCUGGAGUAGUGAGUUGAGCUGGACUGAGCAGAAAGCAAGCUGUGCUUACAGCUCUGCAAGCCAUCUUGUUAAAGAGUCCAAUUUAAGAUGUAGGUGAUUAUAGUCCAUAGAGGUAAGCAUGUGUGUCUUAGGCUUUCAAGGCUCUUUCUGGAAAUCAUGUAAAUCAUAAUAAAAAGAAAGGACUGUUCUACAUAUAGCUUUUUGUAACUGUGAAUACUGUGAAUUUGCUAUGUAGAUGUGAGCACGGUAUACAUUAUAUUAAUGUAAUAAAAACAUUGAUUGUAUUUCUGUUUGCUUUCCAUGUAUACAUAUUGUAUAAAUCAUCUUUCAGGAUGUGUUGCCAACAUUUUUCGAAAUACUCUUAAGCUUGCUGUCAUAUUUUACAAGUGUAAAUUAAGUAGCUUGUACAUAUAAAAGUAAAUGGAGUUCUGCUCUCAUCAACUAUUUAUCUGUUGGGUAUCUUUGUUUCUUAAGUGGUUCAAGGUCAUGCAUUUUUCUAUGAAAGAAUUUAUUUUGGAGAGAUCAGUUUUUAAUCUUUCUAUCUUAUGAUGUGAGUCUUCCUAAUGUUCCUAUUAGUUUUUAAAAAUUACUUCAAAGAGCUAUCUCCAUGUAAUCUAAAUUACAGAAAUUAUUUUUUAGGUCAAACUUAAUUUGGAAAAGGGAUUUAGGCAGAAAAUGUGUAUGCCUAUACUAAUUAUUUAUUACCAGACAGGACAUUUGUCUCCUUUCUAAGAAUGGGCAUAGAUUUAACUUCAUGAUGAUAUGAUAGUAAGGAAAUCUUUCAGACAGGGGAAGUGAAGGCCUAAGUUAUAUACAGUUAAAUGCAAGCAUGUGUUUAUACUUUCUGUACUGAGGUGGUAGUUGGAUUAUGUUUUAUGUGUUCCUUAGGUUCCCUUAUACAGAUUAUCUAAGUGGAAAUCAAAAGUCACAUCUUUACAAAUGAACAAACACAACUUCAGUGCCCUACCUGUUGCCUUUGGCAUCCAGAUGGAGACCAGUUGACUCUCUGGCAGCUCCCUUGGCUAUUAGAUGGUCCAUUUAUGGUCAUGCUGAGUGUUCACGGAUGGGAUAUCAUGGAGCUUUCCAUUUCCAAGAAUGACUCAUCUGCCUUGGAUUCCAGCAUGGAAUUUAGCAGCUCAGUGCAUCCCAGUUUUCUUCCUGAAGUGCUUUUGUGUGUAUUUGUGUAUUCCUUGGGUGUCCUGUGCCUUCUAUUGUGAGCUGAUGUAAUUGCUUUUGUGAUCAUCGUUUUGUAUGAAUGUAUUAGAGUAAUUGUGAACAAACUAAGAUCAUAUUUCUCAGUGUUCAAAAUACCCUUCUACUAAAAUGCAUAAUAAAA